UUUCGUCUCUUUCCACCUUCAGCCAUUUUGACAAUGUUAGGAGCUGUGGGACGCUGCUGCACCGGGGCUCUCCAGGCACUUAAGCCUGGGGUCCAGCCCCUGAAGGCCCUCGUUGGAUCUCCAUCUGUCCUUGGACGCAGAGACUACUCUGCACCUGCUGCUGCUGCCGCCUUCGCCCAUGGCAGGAUCGUAGCGGUCAUCGGUGCCGUCGUCGACGUCCAGUUCGAUGAGGGCCUCCCACCCAUCCUCAAUGCCCUGGAAGUAGCUGGGCGCGAGUCCAGGCUAGUCCUGGAGGUGGCACAGCAUCUUGGUGAGAACACUGUGCGUACCAUUGCCAUGGAUGGUACAGAAGGUCUUGUCCGUGGACAGAAGGUUGUGGACACUGGCGAUCCCAUCAGAAUCCCAGUGGGUCCAGAGACCCUGGGCAGAAUCAUGAACGUCAUUGGAGAGCCCAUUGACGAGAGGGGACCAAUCUCCACCAAGCAUACCGCAGCCAUCCACGCUGAGGCCCCAGAGUUCACUGACAUGAGUGUGGAGCAAGAGAUCCUGGUAACUGGCAUCAAGGUGGUAGAUUUGCUGGCUCCCUACGCCAAGGGAGGAAAAAUCGGUCUGUUCGGUGGUGCUGGUGUGGGCAAGACUGUGCUGAUCAUGGAGCUGAUUAACAACGUGGCCAAGGCCCAUGGUGGUUACUCUGUGUUCGCCGGAGUGGGAGAGCGUACCCGCGAGGGAAACGACUUGUACCACGAGAUGAUUGAGUCGGGUGUCAUCAACCUGAAGGAUGACACCUCCAAGGUGGCGCUUGUUUACGGACAAAUGAACGAGCCCCCAGGCGCCCGUGCCCGUGUGGCUCUGACUGGUCUGACCGUGGCGGAGUACUUCCGUGACCAGGAGGGUCAGGAUGUGCUGCUCUUCAUCGACAACAUCUUCCGCUUCACCCAGGCUGGCUCCGAGGUAUCUGCCCUGCUGGGUCGUAUCCCCUCCGCUGUGGGUUACCAGCCCACCCUGGCCACUGACAUGGGUACCAUGCAGGAGAGAAUUACCACCACCAAGAAGGGUUCCAUCACCUCUGUGCAGGCCAUCUAUGUGCCCGCUGACGAUUUGACUGAUCCUGCCCCUGCCACCACCUUCGCUCACUUGGACGCCACCACUGUGCUGUCCCGCGCCAUCGCUGAGCUGGGUAUCUACCCCGCUGUGGAUCCCCUGGAUUCCACCUCCCGUAUCAUGGACCCCAACAUUGUUGGCGCUGAGCACUAUGACGUUGCUCGUGGCGUGCAGAAGAUCCUCCAGGACUACAAGUCCCUGCAGGAUAUCAUUGCCAUCCUGGGUAUGGAUGAGUUGUCUGAGGAGGACAAGCUGAUUGUCUCUCGUGCUCGCAAGAUCCAGCGUUUCUUGUCCCAACCCUUCCAGGUGGCUGAGGUCUUCACCGGUCAUGCUGGCAAGCUUGUGCCCCUCAAGGAGACUAUCAAUGGCUUCCAGAGCAUUCUUAAUGGUGAGUACGAUGCCCUGCCCGAACAGGCUUUCUACAUGGUCGGACCCAUUGAGGAGGUGGUUGCGAAGGCUGCACAGAUGGCUAAGGAUCUGGCAUAAGUUAACUGAGGGGAGGGAGAGAAGCAAAGGAUUGGAGAGUCCUGUAGUAGGAGCACUUGGUUUGUAAGAAUGUCACAUGCAACAAUUAUCUGUAUUGUUAUCCUGAAAAGUUAUAUUUAAUGUUUCCAAUGGAAUAAAGAUCUGUCUUGACAAUUUG